AUGCGCAUACAUGUGCUUUUCGUGCUGCGUCGUGAAGUGAUGGUGUGCGGGGCUGAGGGAUGGAGUCGCUUGCCAGAUGCAAGACACAGUACACGGAAUAGAAGCGAUACGAUGACAUGUCGACUAGAGUCAAGGGUGCAGAUAGAGACAUUAGUCGACAGACAUGACAGAAUAGAAAGUCCAAGUAGGCCUAUUGCAGUAGAAUCGAAGAGAGACGUACUGUGUGCUCAGAGAGAUAUGACGAUGGCGACUAGAGAUACGCUGCAUCCUACGCCGGAGCUGAAGCAUAUGACCUCGAACAGCGCGCUCGUCUCCCCGCGCAGGACAUCCCAGCACCUGCGCACCUCCGACGCCCGCCUCGCAGCUGGCUCCCGCAGUCCAAGCUCUAUCCCGUCCUCCCCGACCUCUAUACACUCCUCCUCAUCCGCCAUCUUCGAGCGCGACAUCGAGCCCCUAGUGCCACCGUCGCCCCCGCUCGCAUCGCAUCACCACCACCACCACCCGCUCAAAGACCCGCAUCGCACCGCCCGCGCCAAGGGCUCCGAGGCACUCGAACAAAGCGUGCCCUCCGUCCUCGACAGCGCCGCAGCCGUCCUCAGCACCCUCGAACUCGAACCCAUCCCUGGCCUACCCUCCUCCUCAUCCACAUCCCCAUCCGCACUCUCCAGCCCCUCUUCCACCUCCGCCGAUCCCCAUCACCAACACUCACACUCGCAUUCACACCACCUAUCAGACGGUGGCUCUGCUACCCAUCUCUUCGCAGACCAGAUCGCGGUCGUCGCGCCCGCCCCGCCGUCCACUACGUCGUUUGCGCUAUUUGGCGGCGCGAACCCUGCGGGGCCGGGUAUUGGUGGUGGUGGGGGAGGGAGCGCGAGCGGGUUCGCGAGCCCGAUAGGUAGUUUCCGCAGUCGCUCCCCGAGCCCGCUCGGCGGCUCGCGCAUCGCCAUCGCCAGCCCGACCUCGGUGCUCGGGUUGCAGCUCAACUCUACUGCGGCGACCAGUGCGCCGGGCUCGGUAGCUGGCUCGCCGCCCCGUAUCAACUCGCUGGCUGAUGCUCGUCAUGCGGGCGACGCUAACAACAAUCACAACGGUAACACCGCCGCGGCGCCUUCGAUCAAGGUGGAUGAUGCCCCAUCAUCGAUUUCGUCCGCAUCGGAAGCGGAAGCGGAGGUGCGAUCGACAUCGCCACCUGCGCUGAUCCCCAUGCAGCAGUCUUCGUCCACUUCGUCCACUGCGAGUGCUGCAUCCACCACGACGAUAACGACGACGAGCGCUGCGUCGUCGCCUUCGUCGGCAUAUACACCUCUCCCUGUCCCACUUUCGCCUCUCUCGCCACUCUCACCGCUGUCCCCUCUCACACCGCCCACGUCUACAUCCACAUCGGCGUCCACGUCGGCGAUGCCCUCGACAUCGCAGCCUCUAUCCCCUUCAUCCCCCUCAUCAUCUUCGCAGCAUACACUCGCACAUGCACACGCACAGGCGCUCACGGCGCCGCGCACGCGCCUUUCGUUCAUGUCGUACACGGACCUGUUGAGCGCGACGCCCGCUGCGACGACGAGUCUCGUGGCGCUUACGAGCGGGGCGAGUGUCGUUGAGCCGCCGCCUAGGAUCGUCGGUGUUGGUGUGGGUGUGGGAGGUAUUUUGAGUGGUGCGGGGAGUAUACAUGGUGUGGGAGCUGGAGAGGAUAAGCAUUUACAGGGACAGGGACAGGGACAGGGGAGUAGGACGCCGAGCGUGAUUAAUCUCCCGCUCCUUACACAUUCGCCGUCUGCGGCUGUACCACUUGGACUCCCUCUCCCCGUCCCUCUUCCUCUUCCACUCUCCCAUCCCGUCCCGUCCGGCUCACCUCCUCAUCCACACUCGCAAGCACACUCACAUAUAAGCAAGAAAGACCGAGACGCGGCGUUACCGAUUUUGGAAGAUAUGACGAUGACGGGGAGGGAGUGGGAGAGAGCGGGGUUGGGGAGGGGGUUGGAGGAGAGGUUGGAGGCGAUUGAGGCGCUUGAGGUGGGUGGGGUUGGGGAGGUGAGGGAGGUGAGGGAGGGGGUUGAGGUGUGA